AUGCUUGAAGGGUACCUGAAGGUCAUGUACAAGAAAGGCGCCCGCUCAGACCCGGGCAACUACCGACCAAUCACCUGUCUCAACGUGGACUCGAAGAUUAUUUCCAGAGCCUUGAUGGCGCGCUUUGCCCUGAUUGCCCCUGAGAUUGUCAACCUCAACCAGAACGGAUUUGUUCCUGGUCGUACCAUCGAUGCCAACAUCCAUCUCAUGCGCGACUUGCUCGAUUUGUGCCGCGUGUGCAACAUUCCGGGUGUUGCUGUCCUGCUGGACUCUGAGAAGGCAUUCGACAGAGUCGAUCACCAAUUCUUAUUCCAAGCACUCCGCAAGUACGGCGUCGGUGAGAGUUUCAUCAGUUGGAUGGAACUGCUCAACACUGGCUGCCAAUCCCGCGUUGUGUACAACUGCACCAUCUCGCUUCCAUUCCCGAUCAAACGAUCUGUGCGUCAAGGGAGCGUCGAAGCACCGUUCUUGUAUGCCAUCUACGCCGGCGUCAUCUCCGACUAUGUCAUCCACAAACUGCGCGACAAGAUGCUCUCUCUGGCCCUGAGGUCUGGUCCUCAAAUCGUGGAACCCAGCUUGUUUGCUGACGACACAUCGAUCUUCCUGUCGGAUCCCAACCACAUCCAUGCCCUGUUUGAAGUCUACGCAACAGUUGGCAGGGCUACCAACCUCAAGAUCAACGAGGCCAAAACCUCCGUCCUGCGUCUCGGCCCCCUUCGGGAUGCCGAUCCGCCGGACGGCUUGGCUCAUCUCCAAUGGGUGCCUCCUGACGGCACCACUCGAGUCCUCGGUGUGCAACUUGGCUACGGCGAUCUUGCCAAAGCCAACUUCGAGCCCCUGCGAGCCAAGGUCGCGCGUGCGCUGGGUCGCUGGUCGCGCGUGCGCUGGGUCGCUGGUCGCGCGUGCGCUGGGUCGCUGGUCGCGCGUGCGCUGGGUCGCUGGUCGCGCCACAGUCUCUCGAUCGCUGGCAGGGUCCUGAUUGCCAACGCGAUCGGACUCUCCCGCGUCUGGUACCACUGUCGCUUCAUCCACAUGCCCAACAAGUACUCCAAGGCGCUGUCCGACACUGGCAACAAUUAUCUCUGGAAAGGCCGAUUCUCCCCGGUCGCCAGGGAGGUUGUGACCGCUCCUCCUAAAACGAUCAUGUUUGGGCUUGGACUCAUCGAUCUCCCCACCAACAUUGCAGCGACGGCUGCCCAAGCGCUAAUCAACUUCCUGUCGCCUGUCCCCAGUUUCUGGAAGUUGGUUGUCAACCACCUCGCCGAAGUGGCUGACAGACCAGCUCAGCUCUCCGACAAUCCUGUCGCCGAGUACACGGCCAUGCAGCGGCUAGUCGCCAUAUUCCCGUUCAGACCUUCGCUCUCGGGCGUGGCGCAGGCUGCUCCCUUUCUCUGA